GCAACAGAGGUUGGUGCGUCUCCCCUGCUUUCUCUCAUCUUCUGUUUCUUCCUCUCCUCUGUUUACGAAAUAAGAGAGAACUUCUUCAUCUUCUUCAAGCUCUCCCAUUGCUUGAUUGCUCAAGUGAUCACGAUCAGGAUACAACGCCAUGGGGAGACAACCAUGCUGCGACAAAGUAGGGCUGAAGAAGGGGCCAUGGACUGCUGAGGAGGACAAGAAGCUCAUCAACUUCAUGCUCACCAAUGGCCAAUGUUGCUGGCGAGCUCUCCCCAAGCUUGCAGGGCUGCUUAGGUGUGGGAAGAGCUGCAGGCUGAGAUGGACAAACUAUCUCAGGCCAGACCUGAAGAGAGGGCUCCUCUCUGAAUCUGAGGAGAAGCUGGUCAUUGACCUUCAUGCUCAGCUUGGCAACAGAUGGUCCAAGAUCGCUUCUCACCUUCCCGGACGGACGGACAACGAGAUAAAGAAUCACUGGAACACCCAUAUCAAGAAGAAGCUCAAGAAGAUGGGGAUCGACCCUGUGACCCACAAGCCUAUAACUUCUCCCGACCCGACCGAUGAUCAAACCAAAGAACAGAACCAACCAAACGAACAGUUCGCUCCUGCAUCGUCUUCCAUGAGCCCGAACAAAUCAUUGGUAUCCGCCAUUACAGAGGAGACCAAGGAAGACAGGGUCGACAGAACAACACUGAGCACAUCUAACAAAAUCUGCACGGAUGAUAUUCCUCUGAUUGACCCGAGUGAAAUCCUAGUCCAACCUCGUUCAUCUUCGUCGGCAUCUUCUACAUCGUCGUCAUCUUCGUCGGAUAGCAUUUUGCAAGAUCUCGAUUUUCCGAGUAUGGACUGGUCCUGUGACAAUAAUGUCAACCUCAUCAGCUUACUCGAGGAUGAUUUCAAGUGGGAAGAUCUGUUGAUCGAUGACGAUGGGAAUAGCAAUAUGAUCACCAUUGAUCCAAUUGACGACCAAGCAUCUCAAGACUGGGCGUACGGCCUAUUGUUAUGACCCUCUUGAGUCAAAUUUUCCUUUCAGUUAGUUCUCUCUUAGUUUUUUUUUUUAUUCAGAGGGAAAUAAAACAAAUUCGAGUUUGCUCAUAUAUAAUUCCUUUUACAAGAAAAAGGAAAUAGUCUCUAUCUAUCUAUAUAAAUAUAUGUACAUGAAAUGAUCAAGAGGAAUGGAACAGCCUUAGCUUGUUCACAGUGUGUGAUUGUAAUGAAGGAAAAAGCAAAAUGCAGCUGUGCAGAUUUAUCAUGAAAUA